UGGCGCAGGCGCGGUGCUGGGCUUCUCCUGGGUCCCCAGACAGCUGGAGGAGAUAAACAGAGGAGGAGGAGGGAGGGGUGCGUGUGUGAGAGCGCGCGAGGGAGUGUGAGUGUGUGUGAGCGCGGGUGUGAGGCGGUGCGCAGGGGCGGGCGGAGGCGCUGUCCGAUCGCGGUCAGGCGCCGUGCGGGGAGCAUGGGAAGGGGCUAGGGCUGCCCGGGCCCCCAGCCCCCUCCCUGGGACACGCGCCCCCCCUCCCGGGAGAGGGGCCGGGCCCCCCGGAUGGACAUGGGCUCCUGAAGUUGCGCCGCCGCCGGUCCUGGGAAGAGGCCUGACAGGCCAACGUUUUCAUAUAGAGAGAAAGAGAGGGAAAGACAGCACAACACUGAAGCUUCCCACAGUGUGGUGUGGGGCCUGGUUCAACCUUGGUGGUGUGCAUGACAGAGCAGGCACUCUUCAGGCUAUUAAAUGUGUGUCUUGUGGACCUGGGCUUGGCUGGAAUGCUCAAGGGUCCUGAAAAUCCUUCUAUAGCUUCCUUUCUUCUGCUGAACUCACCAAGAGAAGAUGGCAAAAGUCAACAUAACUAGAGACCUCAUCUGUAGGCAGAUCAAGGAGCGGGGCGCCCUGAGCUUUGAGCGGCGCUACCAUGUCACUGACCCCUUCAUCAGGCGACUGGGCCUCGAAGCAGAGCUGCAGGGUCAUUCGGGAUGUGUCAACUGUCUGGAAUGGAAUGAGAAAGGAGACUUACUGGCCUCUGGCUCUGAUGAUCAGCAUACAAUUGUAUGGGACCCAUUGAAUCACAAGAAGCUGCUCUCCAUGCACACGGGACACACUGCAAAUAUUUUCUCUGUCAAGUUCCUGCCUCAUGCUGGGGACCGCAUCUUGAUCACUGGGGCAGCUGACUCCAAGGUGCAUGUCCACGAUCUGACAGUAAAGGAGACGAUCCACAUGUUUGGAGACCACACGAACCGAGUGAAACGCAUUGCCACAGCGCCCAUGUGGCCCAACACAUUCUGGAGUGCUGCUGAGGAUGGGAUGAUCCGCCAGUAUGACCUUCGAGAGAACAGCAAACACUCGGAUGUGCUGAUUGACCUGACAGAGUACUGUGGCCAACUGGUGGAGGCCAAGUGCCUCACUGUCAACCCACAGGACAAUAAUUGCUUGGCAGUAGGGGCCAGUGGGCCAUUUGUGAGACUCUAUGACAUCCGCAUGAUUCAUAACCACAGAAAGAGCAUGAAGCAGAGCCCUUCGGCAGGUGUUCACACCUUCUGUGACCGGCAGAAGCCUCUUCCAGAUGGUGCAGCCCAGUAUUAUGUAGCAGGUCACCUGCCAGUGAAGAUGCCUGACUACAACAACCGUCUGAGAGUGUUGGUCGCCACCUAUGUGACAUUCAGCCCCAGUGGCACAGAGCUUCUGGUCAACAUAGGAGGGGAGCAGGUCUAUUUGUUUGACUUGACUUAUAAGCAGCGGCCAUAUACCUUCCUCUUGCCUAGAAAAUGCCACUCCACAGGGGAAGUUCAGAAUGGCAAGAUGUCCACCAAUGGUGUGUCCAACGUCGUGUCCAACGGCCUGCACCUUCACAGCAAUGGCUUCCGACUGCCAGAGAGUAGGGAACCUAUCAGCCCUCAGGUAGAGUUACCCCCACAUUUGGAGCGUGUGAAACAGCAAGCCAAUGAGGCUUUUGCCUGCCAACAGUGGACCCAGGCCAUUCAACUUUAUAGCAAGGCUGUGCAGAAGGCCCCUCACAAUGCCAUGCUUUACGGAAAUCGAGCUGCUGCCUACAUGAAGCGCAAGUGGGAUGGCGACCAUUACGAUGCCCUUCGGGACUGCCUCAAGGCCAUCUCCUUAAAUCCAUGCCAUCUGAAGGCACACUUCCGCUUGGCCCGCUGCCUCUUUGAGCUUAAGUACGUGGCUGAAGCCCUGGAAUGCCUAGAUGACUUCAAAGGGAAAUUCCCAGAACAGGCACACAGCAGUGCUUGUGAUGCAUUGUGCCGAGACAUCACAGCUGCCCUCUUCUCCAAAAAUGAUGGUGAGGAGAAGAAAGGAGCUGGUGGUGGCGGUGGCCCAGUCCGUCUCCGAAGCACAAGCCGCAACGACUCCAUCUCAGAGGAUGAAAUGGUAUUGCGGGAGCGAAGCUACGACUAUCAGUUCCGCUACUGUGGCCACUGCAACACCACCACGGAUAUCAAGGAGGCCAAUUUCUUUGGCAGCAAUGCUCAGUACAUCAUCAGUGGCUCUGACGAUGGCUCCUUCUUCAUCUGGGAAAAGGAGACCACCAACCUGGUCCGUGUGCUCCAAGGAGAUGAGUCCAUAGUCAACUGCCUGCAGCCACACCCCAGCUACUGCUUCCUGGCCACCAGUGGCAUUGACCCUGUUGUACGGCUCUGGAACCCCCGACCAGAGAGCGAAGACCUCACGGGCCGAGUUGUGGAGGACAUGGAGGGUGCUUCCCAAGCCAACCAGCGCCGCAUGAAUGCAGACCCACUGGAGGUGAUGCUGCUCAACAUGGGCUAUCAGAUCAGAGGCCUGAGCAGUGGGGGCAGCGGGGCCUCUGACGACGAGGACAGUUCUGAGGGCCAGGUGCAUUGCCGGCCCAGCUAGGCCCUCCUAGCCCUGGUUCCCAGCCCCUGCUAUUGGCUGGGCCCCCCACCCUGGGUAAGAGGUCAAGGAGUUUUGUUUUGGUUUGUCAUCAUCUCCCCACAACAUCAUUCUUUCUUUCUCUCCCCUCCACCCCCCCAGCCCCCUAUUUCCCUGUUUAGUUUGUUAGUUUGGCAUCAGGGAUGUGGUUGCUACAACUUCCUGGAUUUCAGACUAUUGGGCAGAUUGCCCUUGGACUGGCCCCAGCCCUGAGAAGAGCAGGAGGGAAAGCCCUUGAUUGUGUCCCCUAAUACCUCCAUUCAUUCCCUGGAGGGCCCUGGCCUGCCAUGGGUGGGAAGGCCACAAAUGAAGCUGUCUUCAAGGACCACCCUCCCCUUCAGCCCCAGCAGCAGGAAGGGGAGUGGAAUUCCUGUCAGUAAGGGCUAGCCUUGACCUGUCGCCACUCUUGCUCCAUGUCAGACAAGGCUAGCUCCCCCUUGGUCUUCAGGGAAGGUUCUGAGAAAGGAUAGGGUUUCCCCCUCCCUCCAGAGCCACCACAUCAGGGUGGAAGCAGAAGGAAAGCUGGGAACCCUGGAGCAUCAAGGGAGGCUGUUGCCCUUGUCACAGUCAAGCAUCCUUGUUCUCCCUGCUGACACAACCUCUGAGGAGCUCAGCCUUAUCCUGAGUGUCCUUGCAGAGGGUGGGACACGCCACCAUACCCCACUCACUCACCCACUCAUCCACCUGUGCCAGCUCAUCUGCACUACAGCCACUCUCUGGGGCGCUCCUUGGCCUCACUGUGACCUUUCUGCCAGAGCUCCCAGCCAGGCCUCCUCUCACUUGUGGGCUCCCUGCUAAGGGCCUUCUGCCCUUCCUCCCACUCCACAUGCAGAGCCGCCACAAAGACCAAAGAAGUGAUGGCUUUUCUCUGUCCCCUGCUGCUUUAGGGGGAGGGAGGUGGGUCUCCUCCUGAGCCACUAGGAUGCCCCUAUUUCAGCCCCCUCCCUCCUUAGCAGCCCCAAGCUUUACACUGGAUACAGCAGUCACCUCCCACUCACCAAGCCCCCCAACCCCCAAGGCUCUCAGCUAGGAGCCACUGAGGUAGUGGGUUCAUCCUUCCUCCCCUCUCCCUCCCUCUUCCCCUCAGUGCUUACUUGGCUCCAGCCUUCCAGCUGUAGCCUCUGGGGAGAAGCAACCUUCCUCUCGCCCUCCUUCCCUCCCUCCCUCCCCGUCUCUGCCAGGUGCCUCCUCUCAGUCAGGCUUCAGAGCAGCCCUGGAGACAGGAGGGCCAUGUUAAAAGCUUUUUUACAGUUUUAAGAAGACAAGGGGGUGAGGAUAGUGGUGGGGGGUCUGGCACCAUCUUGUUAUUGCUUUAACCCUGGCAACACAGGUGGCAGCUUCUCUCUGUUCUUCCCCACCCUAUUCCCUCUUCCCACCCCUCUUCUAGCUUGGUAAUGAAGUAUAUUUAUUGGGAAGGAAACAGCUGCUGUUGCUGCUGCUUCUCCUGCUGCUGGGAUGUGCUCCCCUAUCUCUUCAUGACCUUUCUGCAGCCUGGAAGGGGAGAGUGGGAGUAUUGGGGCUGGGGCCCAAGGACCAGCAGGGCCCCUUUGCUUUCCUGUUUUCAGCCACCCACCAUUUCCUCUCUCCCUGCCUCCUGUCCCCUGCCCAGCCUGGGCCCUGCAGUGUGGAGAGACACUUAAGCCUUACUGUCCUCUGGGGGCAGGAGCCGAGCCUUUUUGUUGCUCCGCUCCCAGGAGAGUGAGGGUGACGCAAUUGAUUAAAACCAUUUUGUUCUA